AUGGCCAUGGCAGAUAAGGUGGUCGAUUCCGAGCUGUUCCUCAUAGGUAGGGAACGGAAUGUGGAAGGUGAGAUAAUGGGCCGCCAGGAUGGAGAUGCUCGCAAGCUUUUCCCAACCUACACCCACGCGACUCCUGCGGCAACGGGUGAGGUUAGUGUGAAUGGAAAGGUCCUUCAACUUUGGACUUUUUCGCAGCUGGAGACGCUGAACCAGUCUGCCUUGCGGAAGCGAGCAUUAGCCGUUCGGGAUGCGGUUGGAGAGGCACAAUGCCCACCGCUGCCUUCUGGCCGAUGUGAUGACCUCACCCGCUGGAUCCUGCAGAUGCAGGAGCAGCUGACAAAUCAGAAGUCGGAACAAGGCCGGUCUGGAGGCUAUGGCACAGGGCAUAAGGUGCCGCCUUCCUUCGCACAAGAGACCAAGGAGAUGGAGCAACGGCAAAAAGUUGCGACAGACUUGCCAACCAGCAGGUCGACGACAGAGGCAGUGAACGCCUCGCGUGACAACUACAAGGACCUCAAGAUGCAGCAGAAUGCCUUCAAAGAGGAUCCAGUACUUGGAAUUCAGACGGGCCGAGUUGGCGGCGAAGGGAAGAGGCAUCUCUUCCCCAAGCAGAAUAUGGUGACUCACGGAGUCUCGUCUGCCGAGCCACAGGGCAUUGCCUCGCUGCGGCAGACGCCUGAAGGCCGAAGGUAUAUCCCGACAGUGGACAAUCUCAUGGAGCAGAAGCGAGAAAACGAGGCCCGCGAAAGAGCCAUGAUGGAGGGGGGUGCAAACGGGCCAGCACCGGUAAACAGGCCUUCGAAUCACGUCAGUGAGGAUCACAUGGCGCAUUUCGGCUGCACGAAUGCCGAUGAGCCGCCACCUGGUGGCCGCCGGCAUUCCAACAAGCCUCGGGAUCACUUCCUGGGCGCCGGCACGUGGGAAACCACGGAGGCAGUGCAUGGCAAGAAGUACAUCGACGGAUACCAAAAGAUGGAUGGCCAUGCUGGGCGUCAAGACUCGUACCGAACAUCUUGGAGAAAGAACCCACAAAAGCUCCUUGGCAGCAGCAUGCUGGUAUAA